AUGUCCGAUCAGACAAUAAGCGCAGAUAACACUGUGACAAGCGAGGUGAACGAUCACAUUGACUCACUAGCAGAUCAACAGCAGGUGGCUUUUCACAAAACCUUGGAUAGAGAUUCCAUUCCUCAUUCUAACGGUCAGACUUCCAACAUAAUUAUGGCACAAAAAGCAGAUUCUUCACGGAUUACUCCAAAUGGAGAAAAUACCGCGACAGAUGGCUCCAAACGCGUUCAAAUGCAUGCAGAUUCCAAAGACGCCCCUCAGAAAGGUAUCAGGACGUCGGAAUUGACGGCAUGUGAACGUUUCGGGAUCCAUGUUUGGGAGUUUACGCUCAAUAAUGGUGCAGUUAGCAUAAGGCAAAGUGACACGUCUCUUAACAUCACACAGCUUGCAGAGGCACUCAGAUCUGUGUUACCAGAUAAAGCGGAGUCAAUAUUAUUGGCGGCUUCGAAGGGAAUGCAUGAAUCGAACGAAAACGGCACAUGGAUACCACUACAAAGAGCAAUUUCACUUUGUAGAUCACACAACUUAUAUGGUGCAUUAUCUGACGUGUUUAAGGCCGCCAGCUCUAAGGCCAGCGAAUUAAACACAAAGGGGAGUUCUACAAGAACGUAUUCUGAGAUGGAUGCAGACGCAACGAUCCCGGAUUCGGAAAUUUCGAGUCCCAAGAAGCCAAAGCUUGCAGAAGUCAAAGUUGAACCCAUUAAAAUAUACAACCAUGAUAUCAGGAUGAUGAACAGCGGUCGGCAGAGUGGUGUAAAGUAUGAAGAUGAAGCUUCGGGCAAGACAUUACACAUUCAGCACUCUCUUAAGGCGAUCCCAGAGUCGGAUGUGGAUGAAAAGUCUAAAGUGGUGUUGUCAUCACUUUUUCUCCCCAACCAGAAGAACGUGACACUGAUGCAGCUUCUAGAGGGAGACGAGGAUCAACUUCGUGCUGUCAUAAUCGACACUCCGAUAGACGAUAAUGGACAAACAGCGUUGCACUUGGCAGCCACUUUAGGAAAGAUAUCGUUAGCGGAAGAUCUUGUGAGCAGAGGUGCGAAUCGGUUUCGAGGAGACCUGGAGGGACAAACUGCGUUGGUUAGAGCAAUCCAUGCGACUAACUGCUACGAGGAAAACAGCUUUGACAAGCUCCUCGACUUGCUAUAUCCGGUAAUUGGUGUUGUGGAUAACAAAGGCCGUACUAUUCUUCAUCACAUCGCAUAUACAUGCGGUCGGAAAGGUUGCAGCGAUGCGUGCAAGUACUAUCUUGAGACUCUUUUGGAGUGGAUUGUGAAAAGAGGACCCACACUUCCUGAAGGCCAGGCAAUUGGCCUUUCGGAGUUUAUUAAGCAUGUAGUGAAUCUCCCCGACAGGAAUGGGGACACGUGUUUGAACAUUGCUGCCAUGGUUGGCAACAAGCACAUAAUACAGCAGCUUCUAGAAGUUGGUGCGGAUCCCACAAAGCCGAAUAAAGCCGGCGUGCGUCCUGUUGACUGCGGAAUUGGUCUUGAGGGUGAUUUCAAGGCUGGAAUUGGUGGGAAAUCAGGCAGUGAGAAUGGUGGUGAUGGUACGAAUUCCGCCGGAAACAAGGCUGGUUCUUUGAAUCAGUCGGAAGUGCUGCUUGCUGCAAGUGAAGCGGAUAAAUCUGCAGCCAAUGAUGCCUCUACUGCCACAAGUAGCAGUUUGCAGAUUCUUGACUCCAUCACCCAGUUCAUGGAGCAAUUAGGCAAGGACUUCAGGGAUGAAAUGCUAAGGAAGAGUAAGCAGAUCGGCAAUCUGCAUCCCUCCAUCCGGAAAAAGACGCUGCUGCUAUCCGAGAAGAGAAAACAGUACGAGAAGUUGCAGAAGAUGGUUCUCGCGAUUACCGACUACCAAAAUAAGAUCGGCAACUUGAACAAGGCCAUACAGGAAGAAGACCAGAAGUUUCGUGAGGAGGCCCAGCAGCUCCCCAUUGACACAUCUACAUUUUCUGGAAACUUCGAUGCCGACGAGCCAUUCACGGUAUGGCCGGUGUUUAAUGAGGUUGAGAAGCUUGCCUACCAGAGGCUGGCCGAGAAAAGAAAGAAGAUGCAGCUGGUAGGCGACGGGAAUGCAGAAAAGGAGCAAGAGUUGUCAGAAGAGCUGCUGGGAGAGAUCAAGGCGGAAGAUAUAAUGGAGCAGGUGAAGGCAGCCAUAAAGGAAAAGCAGAAAACUUCAAACGAGGAGAUGGAUCUGCCGCCGAAGAUUGUUCUUGAGGCACGGAUUAAGGCCUACAAGAAAAACAACGAGGAGCUCUUGAAGAAGAUGAAGGCGAGAAGAUCGUCGUCACGUGACCUGGAACAGCAGUUUAAGAGGGUGAUCAGCCUUUGCAUUGGUUCGAAGCCGGAGGAUAUUGACGAGAAGCUUCUUAGCAGUCUUCUGUCGAGUGUGGAGAACGAUCCGAAUCCGGAAAUCAACCAGGUGAAGAAGGUUCUCGAGAUCGUCAACGACAUGGAGAAGUAA